AUGGAGACAAAAGGUGUAUUGCCAAAAGUAUCUAAAGAUGUAAAGGGAGAGGGAGAUAUUAUGAUGGACGAAGAAGAAAUAGUAGUAGAAGAAACAGUAAAAGAUAACAUAAAAAAAGAUUUUUUUUCAAAAGUGAGUAAAUAG